AUGUCUUCAAUAGGACCGCAGCUCCCACCACAGCCCUCCUCCAAGCGCAAACGCACCCCCGAGCCGCCCGACAACGACGAGAAUGGCGCGGCCGCACCCAAACACACACGCCGCAACGCCAACGAGAUAGACCUCGACGACGCCUCCUCCGACUCGGACGACGAGUACGGUCCCCGCGCGCCCGCCGCACCAACAGCCUCCAGGCCAUCUCUUGGCCCAUCAUUACCACCUCCCGCCGCGCAGAAUACAAACGAGAUUAGCCUCGACGAUUCCGACUCCGACUCCGGUCCUGCACCUCCCCCCUCAGCACCCCCAGCCAAACAACCCGCGACCGCGCCCGAUUCCGACUCCGACUCGGACGACGACUACGGCCCCGCCCUCCCCAGCGCCUCCAACGCGCGCCACAAGCCCAUCGGCCCAGCCAUGCCUCCUUCCUCCGGGUCGCCGUCCGCACCCGUCCGCGACGAGUGGAUGCUCGCGCCGCCCGUCAACAACGGCUACACCGAGCGCGAUCCAACCAAGCUAAAAGCGCGCAAGUUCACCUCCAAACCCUUCGCCUCGGCCUCCUCCGGCGGCGGCGGCGGCGGCGGCGACCUGGCGGCCAUCUGGACCGAGACACCGGAAGAAAAGCUCAAGCGACUGCAGGACGCGGUGCUGGGUCGGUCCGACGGCAGUGGUGGACAGGCGGCGGCGGUGACGGAGGCGCGGAGCAGGGACGAGGAGGCGCGGAACCGCAAGAUUGCGGCGUCGAUUGCGGCGACUCGCGGCAAGAGCCUGUACGAUGAGCACCAGGGGGCCAAGGAGAAGAGAAGUGACGUGGGUGGGAGGAGGGGCAAGGCGGGGGAGGACGAGGACGAUGACCCGAGCAAGAGGGCGUUUGAUCGGGAAAAGGACAUGGCGCUAGGGAGCAAGAUUGGAACGGCGCAGCGCAGGGAGUUGGUGGCCAAGAGUGCCAAUUUUGGCGGGCGGUUCCAAAAGGGUUCGUUUUUGUAG